AUGUCGCGCCGGUACGACUCGCGCACGACCACUUUCUCUCCCGAGGGGAGACUUUACCAGGUAGAGUACGCUCUUGAGGCUAUUAACAACGCCUCGUCCACACUAGGCAUUCUGGCAAAGGAUGGAGUUGUCUUGGCUGCUGACAAGAUGGUUACCUCGAAGCUGCUUGAUCAUGGAAGAACCAAAGAAAAGCUAUACAAGGUCGACAACCACGUGAUGUGCGCAGUGGCGGGAUUAACAGCUGACGCAAACAUCCUGAUUAAUCAAGCAAGAGUUAACGCUCAACGCUUUCUGUAUCAGUACGGAGAACCACAACCAAUCGAGCAGCUGGUGGUACAGCUAUGCGACAUCAAGCAAUCUUACACACAGUUUGGUGGGUUGCGGCCAUUCGGCGUAAGCUUUCUGUUUGCUGGUUGGGACAAGCACUACGGCUUCCAGCUGUAUCAUACCGACCCAUCGGGCAAUUACUCUGGAUGGAAGGCGACAGCUAUUGGCGUGAACAACCAGUCAGCACAGACAAUCCUGAAACAGGAGUUGCGAGAUGAUAUGGACGUACCGGCGGCGCUUGAUUUAGCAGCCAAAGUUCUCAACAAAACAAUGGACACGGCAGCGCCAAGUGCAGAUAAACUUGAAAUCGCGGUUUUACAAUUUGACCCCCAGGACCCCACUGUUCUGGAGCAGCGGUCGCUACCUGCAAAAGAGGUGGAAGUUCUCAUGAAGCGCGCCCAGGAGCAGCAGGCAGAGGCACAGUAG